GAGAGAGAGGAAAAUACAAAGUAAAGUAUGUUAAUCAGUCUCUAGAUUACAUGAAAGCUAAACUCUGUUUCUAGGGUUACUUGACUGCCCCUUCCCUGAUUCUUGCAGUAAAGGUUAGAAGAUCAGAGUAUCAGCAAGAGCACUUCUCAGCACCCACAAAGUUCUAGUGCUUUCCUUGUUUCUUUCUCUCUUGUACUGAUCUCGGCUCUCUCAUAUUUCCCCCUGUUCUGCAUGCAGAACCUAUAGCAUUUGCAGUCAUCGGUUUUGUUAUAUUUUCUCCUGGAGCAAACAUUAAUUUCCUGAUGCCAACAGAGGUCUGGUGUAAUCUGUGAGAUUAAAGAAGUGCCUUUUCCUUCUGCCUGUUCUCUUACCUCCUUUAGCUUAGUGUCAAGUGGUGUCCCACAGGAAACCUCAGCUGUCUGGGAAUAUUCCUGUACCCUGGUGUUCCUCUGCCAUUCACCUAGGCCUCUGGGCUUGGUUUGACUUUGUGGCCAUAGGGGUCACUGCUCCCCAGCUGUCAGGGGAACUCAGGCUUUAACGAUUAAUUCUGUGAAAGGCUGGAAUGGAACUUUACUCUUUAGUCGGAGGAAUUUGUUCACGCCCCCAUCCUUGGCCCCACCUCAGCCAACUUAAAAGAUCAGAUCCUUAGUCCCUUGUCAGAACUCUAAUCAGAGGAAGCUUGACAGCUCUUGCCACUUGACCAGCCAAGCUGAACUUCUGGAGCAGGAUCUCAUCUCCAGCUUGGCUUCUACCAUGCCCCCCGGCAGAGGAGGAGAACUGUGAGGAGAGUGAUUGGGCACCAGGUUGUAGUUGCAAUCCAUCUUUUGCCUUUGCCCGGCUGGAAAGCAUUGCAGAAUCUGUGAGGGAUACCUAGGUACAGGGCAUGGGCAUCAGAGAGUUCUAUGCGGGGGUAAGUCCUUCCACCACAGCCCUUCCGACAACGACCCCUCCAACGGCCCUGUCCCACUUCACCGUUGUGGACUAUGGAGUCUGUGUACUCUUGCUGGUGUCAUCGCUUGCCAUUGGGCUGUUCUAUGCCCGGCGAGGCAGGGGCCAGAACACUGUCCGCCAGUUCCUGUUGGCUAACCGUAGCAUGGGCUCGCUACCUGUGGCGCUCUCUCUGCUUGCCACCUUUCAGUCAGCUGUGGCCAUCCUAGGAGUACCUGGGGAGAUCUACCGUUCUGGCACUGAGUAUUGGUUCCUAGGCUGCUCCUACUUACUAGGUCUGCUGGUGCCUGCCCAUAUCUUCAUACCCAUCUUCUACCGACUGAAUAUCUCCAGUGCUUAUGAGUACCUGGAGCUUCGAUUCACUAAGGUUGUGCGACUGUGUGGAACCAUAACCUUCAUCUUUCAGAUGGUGAUCUACAUGGGUGUUGUUCUGUAUGCCCCAGCCUUGGCACUCAAUGCAGUGACAGGCUUGGAUCUGUGGGGCUCAGUGCUGGCUCUAGGCAUUGUCUGUACUAUCUAUACAAGUCUCGGGGGGCUGAAGGCAGUCAUUUGGACAGAUGUGUUCCAGACAGCUGUCAUGUUCCUGGGACAACUAGCUGUGGUCAUCGUGGGGGCUGCCAAGGUGGGCGGCAUUGGGCGUGUUUGGGACGUGGCUUCACAGCAUGGCCAUAUCUCUGGGAUCGACUUGAAUCCAGACCCAUUUGUGCGGCACACCUUCUGGACUCUGGCUUUUGGGGGAGUCUUUAUGAUGCUCUCCUUAUAUGGAGUAAAUCAGGCCCAGGUUCAGCGCUACCUCAGCUCUCGCACUGAGAAGGCUGCCAUUCUUUCCUGCUAUGCUGUAUUCCCCUGCCAGCAGAUAACACUCUGCAUUGGCUGCCUCAUUGGUCUUGUUAUGUUUGUCUAUUACCACGACCACCCCUGGGCAGAAGCUCAAGUCUCCUCUGACCAGCUGGUUCUGUACUUUGUGAUGGAUAUCCUGGGGGAACUGCCUGGCUUACCUGGGCUCUUUGUUGCUUGUCUCUUCAGUGGUUCUCUCAGCACUAUCUCCUCAGCUUUUAAUUCACUUGCGACAGUCACCAUAGAAGAUCUGAUCCGGCCUCACUUCCCAGAAAUCUCAGAGAAUCGUGCCACUUUGAUUUCUAAGGUCCUGGCUGUAGUCUAUGGCCUGGUAUGUCUGGGAAUGGCCUAUGUUUCCUCCUUAAUGGGGCCUGUGUUGCAGGCAGCAAUCAGCAUCUUUGGGAUGGUUGGGGGGCCUCUGCUUGGACUCUUCUGUCUUGGCAUUUUCUUCCCUUGUGCCAACUCAACUGGUGCCGUGGUGGGCCUGCUGGCUGGACUCAUCAUGGCCUUCUGGAUUGGCAUCGGAAGUAUGGUGAGCAACAUGACCUCGAGGAUGGUGUCCUCUCCACUCAAUGGCACUGUCUUCCCCUCAUUUGGAAACACGACGGUGGUCUCCAUGACCACACUGAUGCCCUCAGCAGGGUCCAAGCCCACCGGACUGCAGCGGUUCUACAGCCUCUCUUAUUUAUGGUAUAGCGCGCACAGUUCCACCACCGUCAUUAUCAUCGGACUACUUAUCAGUCUCCUCACUGGUGGAACAAAGGGCCAGCCCCCAAACCCUCGGACGAUUUAUCCAGUGUUACCACGACUGUUGGCCCUCCUGCCCAUCUCCUGUCGGGACCGACUGCCCUGCCAAGAAUAUAGUGAGGAUUUCUCCUAUAAGACAGAAAAGAUACCAGAGAAGCUGAGCAAUGGAAUGCUGACUGGCAGGGGGGAAGAGGAAGUGGUGGCAGCCCCUGAGCAAGGCCACAUCCAGGGAGACCAUGGUCAUUCCUUCAUACUACAGGAGACAUCACUGUGACCUGGGAACAGAACAGGAUCUGCUGUCUUUGUUUCUCCAUCCACCCACAAGGCAAAUGCAUCAACCCUCUUUCCCAAUAAACCAAGAGUGAGCCACUGUCUGCUCCAGCAGGGAAAUCUGAGCCUGGUGAUCUAGUGUGCACCAAAGAACCUCGCGAUAAAAUUUUCUGUCACUCACCGUCUUGUUAUUUAUGAUUAUUGUUGGACUUUCUCAUGCUCCUAAGCAGAAAGGAGUCUAUGCAGAAGAGGAACCAAUGUAUUGUCUCCAGGGAGAUUAAAAGGGAUCUCAUGGGAGACGGGUUUAACUUCAACCUUCCAUUCCCCGCAACUGCAACUUCAUACACCAAUCCAAGACCUGGAGGACAAGUUGCCAAUGACCUAGCCCCAACAGCCCCCAAAAGACACAAAGUUCUCCAGACAGAGGUCCAAAAGAAAAACGGUCCGGUCCCCAGGAUCUUCCUCUGGUGGAAAACAUGUCUGUUUUGCUACUGUUGCUAAUCAGAACUAAAGGGUUUCAUAUGCCCUGUUAGACUGGUAGGUGAAGCUUCUAGCAUACUCUACAGAAAUGAGGUAGAAUAGGGCCUGAGCAGAGGCCCAAGCAAAAAGCACUUACUAGCUGGCUCUCAUCCACCCUCUAACUGAUCCUGGUCUCCCAUCAGUGGUCCUGAUUGGUCUAUCGCUCUGUGCCAUCCCCCAGAAUGUCAUUCUGCCUCUUGUUGAGGCUUCCUCACAUAUGGGGAAUACAGUUCUUUUACCUGGACUCA